GAAUUGGAUGACAUGAAGAAGCGGUUAAAGGAAAUGGAAGACGAAGCUGCUGCUUUGAGGGAGAUGCAGGCCAAGGUCGAGAAAGAGAUGGGAUCUGUGCAAGAUCCCGCUAAUGCUGCUGCAAGUCAGAUUAAUAGGGAGGAAGUUGAUUCUCGAUCAGUCUUUGUGGGCAAUGUUAUGCUUCCAUCUAUAAGUUUCUACUCUAGUCAUGCUGCAGUUGGAAGUGUAUGAUAUAAAUAUAUAACAUAUAGCUGGUGGAGAAAAAUAAAUAAAUAUCAAAUGUAUGAAAUUAACAAAAAGAGUGGAAAAACAAAAGAUGUAACACUAAAAAAAAUAGAGCGAUAGAAAAGGGGCGAUAAAAAAGGGGAUAAGAAAGUUGAAGUGCUUGUUGUUGAGUUGAAGAUAGUGAUGUUCAUGGUUUGGAGAACAUAUGGAUUUAGAUACUGAAAAAGAUAGGGGGACAGAGAGCUAAAUAGCAUAUAAUAUAUUAUUUAGGAUGAAUAGAAAAGAUAUUUAGGAUGGAAAAAAAAAUUGACCAAAAAAAAAGGAUGGAAAUUUUAACUACUAUACUUCCUGAGUUUUUAUGGCCGGGUCGACAGAGGAAUGGCGAGAAUCUGGAAUUCUACUGGUGAGAAGAGGGCACCCUUUAUUGGUAAAGGACCAUGCAUUGGUAUCUGCAGUUUUGAUUGCAAAGCCAAAGGAUACUUUUCAUGGUGCUUGGUGCUCAAGAAAUUUAGAGGCAUUAUUUUCACAUGACAAGCAGUUCGGAAUUGAUGGGCUGAACAUUGUGACAAUUGUGUACUUGGGCGAACGAUCCUCUAAAAGGCUAAAGUGCAAGGUGGACUAUGCAUGCACUCCUGAAGAAGUGCAGCAGCAUUUCCAAUCGUGUGGAACAGUGAACCGAGUCACCAUUCGCACUGAUAAGUUUGGCCAACCCAAGGGUUAUGCUUAUGUGGAAUUUGUUGAAGUAGAAGCUGUUCAAGAGGCUCUGUUGCUGAAUGAAUCUGAACUACAUGGACGUCAAUUGAAGGUAACUGCUAAGAGGACCAACGUACCGGGGAUGAAGCAAUUUCGUCCCCGUCGGCCUAGUAAUCCUUACAUGGGGUUUCGAGGCAGAACUCCAUAUCCACCUCCUUUUGCCUUUGCUCCUGCUCCUUAUGGAUAUGGAAAGGUUCCAAGGUUCAGAAUGGGGAUGCGCUACAGCCCCUACUAUUGAAUGCCCAAUUCUGCUGAAACGGAUUUAUUGAUUAUUGGAUGGAUGGAUGGAUGGAUGGAUGGAUGGUAUCAUGGUUGAUAUUUAAUGAGAGUAUUGUCUGCCCACCUAGACUGAGGUGGUUUGUUCUGAACACAUUUAACAGCAAACCUUGUAAACUUAUAAUGUUCUUUUCUUCUGCUUUGCUUCAGUGUUUAUAAUUUAUCAUUAUUUUCAAAUGUUCCUUGUAAAAGUAUCCAUCCUAAAAAUGGUUAAUAUAUGGUGUUUUUAUUUGCCUAUUCUCCA